GCAUUUAUAGCUCUGCGUGUUACAGUUCACUAAAUACUCUCACAUUCUUGAAAAGCUGGUUUUUUCCUCUUGGGAGCGGCUGACUCUACCCUUUAUGAGAAUUCCAGGGCUGCCUGUGGUGCCCUGCCCAUUGGGAAACACCUUACUGUGUCACCCUAUAAAAGUCUGAGGCGGCCCCAGGAGGACCUCUGCAGCACAGCUCUCUCCCCGGGACGUGAGGUUCUGGCCACCCCGCCAUGAGGCUUCUAGUUGUCUCCAGGCUGCUCUGCAUCUUGCUCCUCUGCUUCUCCAUCUUCUCCACAGAAGGGAGAAAAAAUUCUAGUCAUCUCAGCAGGCCCUGGAAACGCAGACUGUGCUGUUCCCGAGUUCCUAACCCUGCCCUGACGACCCGGAAAGGUCGCCGUGUGAGGAUCUGCAGACUGUGUAACUUCAAGCCAGAGUCCCGGCUUUGGGUGGUACCUGGGGCUCUUCCGCAAGUGUAAUGCUCCCCAGACAAGGCUGCAUGCUGCUGAGACCCUCAUGCCCAGUGCCCGAGACAUCCAGAAGUCUCGGGUUCUCCCAGGAUGCUCCUUUUGAAGCUGGGGCUGAUGGCAAAAAUGUCAAGAGCUUUGGCCCAUGGAAGUUUCUGCCCAUGAACCACGAACCUCUUCUCUUAAAGACACAACAUUUCUUGCCUGCCGUGUUAGACUGUACUCAUAAUGCCUUUUAGAAAAACCUAAACCAGAAUUUUCUGAAAACCACAACAUGAAUACUAAGG